AGUUCUCUCACUCGCUUACUUACUUGAAGCUUGCUUAUAGAGCUGCACCGCGCUGCGCUGUGCUACACUACUGCUGACAGCAGCCACGCACACCAUGUCCACCCCCAGCGACGCCCCUCCCGACUCGCACAUCGACCAUGCCGCUUCCCUCCGCUACUGGAACUCCGUCGCCGCCAACACAAAGACCAUGCUGGGCAUGCUAGGCUCGUACCCAUGGUACACGCGAAUCGAUCUCCGAGGCUCCAAGACCUUCCUUGGCAAGGUCCGUCGCAUGAUUCCCAAUUGCCCGACGGAGGGGAAGCUCCCACUGGGCGUGGACUGCGGCGCAGGCGUGGGUCGCGUCACCGAGGGUCUCCUCAGCCAGGUCUGCGAGCGCGUUGAUGCCGUCGAGCCCAUUGAGAAGUUCACCGAGGUGAUUCGGAACUCGGAGCUGAAGCGCACGGGUGUUGUCGGCGAUAUCUAUACAAUGGGUCUGGAGAAUUGGUAUCCUGAGAAGAACAAGUACGAUUUGAUCUGGACGCAGUUCUGCGUGGGACAUCUUACGGAUGUGCAAUUGAGGGAGUACUUUGUUCGAUGUCGGGAGGCGUUGACGGAGACGGGGAUAAUGAUCGUGAAGGAGAAUCAGUCCACCGAUCCGAAUGGGUUGGAUAUGUUUGAUGAGGAGGAUAGCAGUGUGACCAGGACGGAUGAGAAGCUUCGGACACUGUUUAAGGAGGCUGGGUUGGUGCUUGUUGCGUCGGAGUUGCAGUUGGGAUUCCCGAAGAACUUUAAGCUCUUGCCUGUGAGGUUUUAUGCGUUGAGACCGUCGACUUGAGGGUCUUUGGGAGAUUAUUCAGUGAUGUGAUACGGCGGUGCUGUGUACCUGGUUUGUCGGAGGUUCUGGGUAGCGUCUGCCGUUGGGACUUCUGAGUCAAUGCGGAUUCUAAUGCCUUUGGAGCCGAGGUUCGCGUCCGACUAUCAGUGCGGACGCUGGCAGUGCGCAGCCCC